AUGGAUUACUGGAAGCAAUAUAUCAACAGCAUCCUGGUGGAUAGGAUCAUCGAGGAUGUGGCUCUCGUGGACCUCUCUUACAAGUGCGUUUGGGCAGCCAAGCCAGGAGGACUCCUUGCAGCCAUCUCACCUCAAGAAGUGGGCUUGAUCACAGGCCAGGAUCGGAAGAUGUUCCUGCUAAUGGGAAUCACCAUAGCUGGCAAAAAGUGCAGUGUGAUUCGUGACAACCUGCUGGUGGAUGAAGACAAUGUGAUGGAUGUCAGAAGCAAAGGCAAUGACAGCAGAUCCAUUUGUAUUGGUAAAACCCCCAGAGCCCUGAUCUUCCUCAUGGGCAAGAAGGGAGUCCACGGAGGAGUCCUCAACCAGAAGGUCCAUGAUAUGAUUGUGGACAUGAAAGUGUGA